AUGCAUUUGUCAUCAUCUCAAUUGAUAAUUCUGGGGCUGGCCGCAACUUCUCAUGCUGGGGUUGUUAAGCCGAGAGCCUCGUCUGCAGUUCCAGAUUACUUCCAGACAAGCUUUGGGCCGUAUGCGGGUCCUACAAAGGCUGGGGAUGCUCCGUUUGUGGCGGCGGAAUCCGCUGUCCCAUUUCUUGGCGGAGAUUUUUACCUUCCCAAUACUCCUGUGGUGACCAAUGUUCCUAUCUCAGGAAAUACAAAUGGUGGGGAAAUAUUUAAGCAUAUGGGCAAUUUAUCGCCAUAUAUGCCCAAUCCAUCAGGAUUCGGAGUCAAUGAGUACCCCUUACCACCCGGUACUAAUAUUACUCAAAUGCAUAUGAUUCAUCGACAUGGAUCCAGGUAUCCUACCAGUGAUGCAUCUGUUGCCACUGUUGGCGAUCGCAUUAAGGGACUCUUGGCAAAUGGCACUCGUUUUACGGGUGACUUGUCUUUUCUAAACGAUUGGACAUACCAGCUUGGCAAGGAGGAGCUAACAGCUCUUGGACGUCAACAACUUUUCGACAGCGGCGUCCUAAAUUGGUUUAACUACGGGAGACUAUACGAUUCAUCUAAGCCUCUUAUCGCUCGAACGACUACUCAAGUACGAAUGCUUCAAUCGGCUGAGAACUUCCUGAAUGGGUUCUUUGGUCCUAAUUGGACGAAGAACGUUACAUUGGAGGUUAUCACUGAAAGUCCUGGUUUUAAUAAUUCCCUAGCCAGUGAUAAAGAGUGUACAAAUCAUAAUAACGGGAAAUCGGGCGCGGGUGAUGAUGCCUCGAGUCAGUGGCAAGAAAUCUAUCUCAAGGAUGCAACUGAGCGAUUCCGGGAGUCUAUGACUGGUACUCCAAACUGGACAUUUGUUGAUACUUUCAACUUGCAAACUAUGUGUCCCUAUGAGACUGUUGGACUUGGGUUCAGUCACUUCUGUUCCCUUUUCACCUGGGAAGAAUGGUUAGGCUUCGAAUACGCUAAUGAUUUAAGUUACUAUGGAGGAAACGGAUUUGCAUCGCCGACAGGUCGUGCUGUUGGAAUUGGAUAUGUUGAAGAGCUUCUCGCACGACUGCAGCAACAUUAUCCUGAUCCAGAUCAGAGCUCCAUUGCCAUCAAUGAGACACUAGAUGGAAACUCGAAGACAUUCCCUCUGAAUCAAUCUUUGUACCUUGAUUUCAGUCACGAUACCAAUAUCUUCUCGAUGAUGACUGCAAUGGGACUUACGCAGUUUGCUCAGUUCCUCCCGACUUCUAGUCCACCAUUUGAUCGUCAACUUAUUGUUAGUCAUAUUGUUCCUUUCGCGGGUCGGUUCAAUAUAGAGGUUAUCAAAGCGCCUCGACCUGUGCUUGCGAAACGGCCUCAUGACUCGAGAGACUCGGCGUAUGAUAAUGGGACUGAGACUACAUAUGUUCAUAUGGUUAUGAAUCAGAGGACUAUUCCUCUGGGUCGCAGUAUUAGCGAGUGUGGAGCACGCGAUGACGGGUGGUGUGAGUUGGAUACAUUUAUCAAAGUUCAGAAGCAGAAUAUUGCGAAAGCAAACUUUUAUGAGAGUUGUUUCGGUGACUAUUCAACCCCGGAAUACGGAAGUAUCAAAAAUGGUACUGUCUAA